GUUCAGGUAUAAUAGCCGUUUUUUCUUUAGCUUUUUCUUCUCUGUUUCUAAACCUCUUUCCUUCCUUCUCUUUCCACUCCAAAAAAGGAGAUAUAGCUGCAUUGAUUCUCUCCAUUGCCAUUACCACCUUUCCUCAUUCUCUCCUUCGCUGUCUCUCCUCCUCCACCCCUACAUACGUUUCUUUCUCUCUACUUUUUAGAGAGAGAGAGAGAGAUUGACAGUUCAGAGAGAAAAAACAGCCAUCAUCACCGCAGAAAGAGAGAGAGAGAGAGAGAGAGAGAGUGGUUUGAAAUGGGUUCUUCAGGGCAGAGCAGCAGCAACUACGAUCUGUCGUUCAAGAUCUUGCUGAUCGGAGACUCCGCCGUCGGCAAAAGUAGUCUGCUUGUUAGCUUCAUCUCCAACUCUGUUGACGAUCUUGCCCCCACCAUUGGUGUAGAUUUUAAAAUCAAGCUUCUCACUGUAGCUGGGAAGAAAAUCAAGAUGACAAUUUGGGACACAGCUGGACAGGAGAGGUUCAGAACGUUAACGAGCUCUUACUACAGAAAUGCCCAAGGAAUCAUCCUCGUGUAUGAUGUGAUCCGGAGAGACACCUUUACCAACUUAUCGGAUGUCUGGGCUAAAGAGGUGCAACUGUAUUCGACGAACCAUGACCGUGUCAAGAUGCUUGUUGGGAAUAAAGUUGAUAGAGAAUCGGAAAGGGCUGUAAGUAGAGAAGAGGGGAUCUCACUUGCAAAAGAUCUUGGAUGUUUGUUUCUUGAAUGUAGCGCUAAAACUCGAGAAAAUGUGGAGCACUGCUUCGAAGAGCUAGCAUUGAAGAUAAUGGACGUUCCUAGUCUCUUGGAAGAAGGUUCAACAGUGGCAAAGAGAAAUAUUUUGAAGCAGAAACGGGAAAAUCAAGCACCACCUAGCGGUAGUUGUUGCUCGUAAAGUGGCGUCAUGCGCACAUCAUAUGAAGCUUGACUCACAACAUGAAGAGAUAACGUAUAUGUAAUUUUGAUCUGUUUUCGUCUUACUGCAUAAAUGUUUGUUUCAAUCAUAUAAUGCACAAAUUCGCACACAUAUAACAUACUUAUUAGCUUGUGUAAAUGUAAUCUCCUUGUUUUCGGCCGUGUUAUGGAAAAAGAAACGUUUUCAUGAGCAA